CUUAGAGGUCUCCCUAUUCGACUCAGCCCCAGCAGGGGCAACAGGAGCAAAGGUGGCGGAGGAGGCGUAAGGGGUAGAAUCGAGAGAUAUAAUUCCGAGAGGGACUCGAUGCGGCAAAUGCGGCGAAUGCGCUGAAUGCGUUGAAUGCGACGGUAGGCAACGUCAUGCGCUCUGAAAGCGACCGCAACCCUCCCGUUAGUGAACGCGGCGACGUCAGGGGGUGCGCAACUCGUGCCCGCGAACGAUUGCGCGCGCGCAGACGCGCGAGCGUACGCUCGAUCGCUCGCUCGCUUUUCACACACGAAAAAGAGCCUCCUCGACAGCGGAGAGGAACGGUGGUAACGUUGGCCACCGAGCCAACACGGAGGUGUGUACGCACGCUCGUAGCUCCGUCCGCUGAAAAGGUGGGAGUCGCAGUGUAUCGAGGUUGUGCAGUGUUGCUUGCCGCGCAGGUGGUAUAACACUCGCCGUUUCUACGAUAGGAUCCUCACACAAAAUUUUUACCGAAAAAUCGUUCGCGUUACCGCGCGUCCUCGUUACCGUCGUUACUUUUCAUUUUCCACGGGUCGCGUCGUCCGCGAAGCGAUCGUCCACCCGUUCCCCUACGACCUGCGUGAACCCGUGCCCGUCGAACCUCGCGAAGAACAAGGAGUGCAUCGCGUACACCGCGACGAAAGGGCCAAACAACAUCCCAGGGAACGAGGAUCGCGAACACGAAGACAGCAGCGUCGAAUGUUCUUACGUGGCACGGCGCGCGAUCGAGAACGAAGGUUGAUGCUGGAAUUGCCGCGCAAUACGGAAACACAGCUGCGAUUGAACGCUAGAUCCAAGCCCAAGUCGCGAUCGAGAUCAAAGCCAAGGUCCAAGAAGAAGUCGGGUUCGGAGCUGGAACCGGAAACGGAGCUGGAGGCAACGUUGCGUUUGCGAUCGAGAGCAGCCUAGCCCAACCCGAUCCCACGUCGAGCGGAUCAAAACGGUUCGGUGGAUUGCAAGGAUACCGUGAGAAUCUCACGCUAGGCAAUAAUAGUCGGGACUCUCCCUCGAAAGGGGAUCGUUUUAUCACAUAUCGAAGCUCAUAUCGACCAUAUACGGACACACGUUUCGUUUCUACGCGCGUAACCAGCAACAGCGUUUGAUACGAAGUGGUGUCUCGAGCUUGGGGUUCCCCCGAGCCGCGUCCAUCCCCUACACCAGGAACAGUCGCGAAUCGUACUCUAAUAUUCUUUGCUGUGGUGCCUAAAUAACAUAAGUAAAGAACAAACUAGUGCCUAUACAACGUAUGCGCAAUAAAAAUAUAUCAAACGUAACGACUAUCGAAACAUAAUUAACGUCAGGGAUUAAUCUCUGAUCUUUGAUCGAAUGAUUGAUGGAAGGAACGUCCAUCCACCUUUCACGCGAGGGCGUCCGAUCGCGCUAGACGCGUACGGUGUAAACGUAAUCGCGAUCGUUAACGACGAUUCGCUCCUGUCAGCUGGACGAUGAAGUUCGUAGGAGAAUUAUGAGACUCGGGUUCCGAAGGGGACACUCGACCAGGCUCGUUCCGUUCCACGGAUAAGGGAAGAGAGUCGAGUUGACCUUCUGCGCCCCGUGUGCUCAAUCGAUCGAUUUCAUUGGAUCUUCCUUACGUCGCGUCUGCCCCCGAGACUCCUGGGGCACCUCGAAACCGAUUAUUUUCGGGUGCAGAAUCGUCAACAUACGCGACAAUGUCUCGUUUAAUGCUGUGCAAUCUCGGAAACACGUCCACGGCGGGGAACGACACGAAUAACAAUGCGAACACGAACAGUAGCAUGGAGGACGACGACUAUUAUCCGCUGCCUACUAUUUAUCGCUGCCGUGCACCUAUAGCGAGUCUGGAUUGCAUGGAAGAGUUCAACGGCGGCGGUGGCGUCGGAGGCGGCGGUGGAGGCGGCGGAGGCAAUGUGGAUAGUGGCGUGCACUGCAGCAAUACCGCUGGAACGAAGGAACAGCUACUGACUAACUGCAUUGCCGCACAAGCGCAACGCUUACAGCAUCCCUCGCCAGGUAUUCGCUACCGCAACUUGGGCAAAAGCGGUCUACGUGUUUCCAAUGUUGGAUUAGGUACGUGGACGACGUUUGGCAUUGGGGGUUGCACUAGCGAGGAGGCAGCCGAGGCUGUGGUCGCCCUCGCCUACGACAGCGGCAUAAACGUGUUCGAUCUGAGCGAAGCCCACAGCGGGCAUCGGGCGGAAAUCCAGUUUGGACGAAUUUUGUUGCGCCGCGCUUGGAAUCGUUCCAGCUACGUCGUCACCACCAAAAUAUACUGGAAUACCAAGGCAGAGGGUCGUGGACUUUCGCGCAAACACAUAAUCGAGUCGGUGCAGGCGUCCUUGGUUAGGCUGCAACUCUCCUACAUCGACAUAGUGAUGAUUCACAAGGUCGACCCAAUGUGCCCCAUGGAAGAGAUAGUGCGCGCCAUGAAUUACGUGAUAAGCAAAGGGUGGGUGAUGUACUGGGGAACGUCACGUUGGACACCGGUGGAGAUCAUGGAGGCUUACACGAAUUGUCGUCAAUUUAACUGCGUUACACCGAUCGUCGAACAGGCCGAGUAUCAUCUGUUUUAUAGGGAAAAGCCAGAACUCUACAUGCCCGAGUUGUACAACAAAAUAGGGGUGGGUCUGAUGGCAUGGUCCACGGUCACGAUUGGCAUGGUUUCUGCGAAACCAGAGGACUACGGGGUCUCCUUCCUGUCGAGGUCCUCUUACAAGAAUAAGUAUUCGUCGUUCAGUUGGACGGAGGACGAAACGCAAUCCUUGUACAAAGAGCAGGAAUAUGGCUGGAAAGAGAAGUCUGGCGAGGACGAGACGCGAAAGUAUUCAGACAAAUUGCGGGACGUGUGCGCUCUCGCCGAAAGACUAGGCUGCUCUUUCGGACAGCUGGCCAUCGCGUGGUCCUUAAAGAAUGAAAGUGUUCAGUGCCUUCUCCUCGGUGCAUCAAACAUAGAUCAACUGUACGAGAGUCUUCAGAGUUUACAGCUGAUCCCGAAAUUGAACGCCAACAUAAUGACCGAAAUCGAACGGAUUCUCGACAACAAACCGUCCCGACCACCGAUGAUCUCGACCCUGGCGCUCAGAUGACAAUCAAUUUGCCCUCACGGAAGCGGUGGGGGCUCGCUAGAGGACGGCGGCAGCCCGAAAAGCGAGGGCGCCAACAGUCAGGAUCAGGAGCAGACCAAGGAAAUGACCGGCAAACUACCGUUUUGCGAGAUACAAUGAAACACCGAGUACGCGUUCACGUAUACGUUGUUCGUGCACACUUUCAUCCUGACCGAGUCGAUCUAGGCUCGGGGCAGAACCGAGAUAUCUUACAACCGAGACGUAAACGAAAAAAAAAAAAAGAAAAUAACGAAACGAAAGCGUUGUGAACACACACGACGAAAACAAAGCAAUGGGGACGACGAUUUUCCAAGUAUGCGCUCGUUUAGGGGUGGCGUGUCCCUGAAAGCGCGGGUGGUGUUCCCGCGUGAAUGAAUCGACGACAAUACUUACGAUUACGGUUAACGACUGCGAUUGCGUUUAUAAUUGCAACUCGAUUGAUCGAAAAAAAAAAAAGCGUCGAGUGUUCGACGGACGGGGGAAUAUAUCCUUUCAUCGGAAACGAUUAAACGAUUUUUACCUGCGCAGCCACACGCGAUUCCUCUCUGUUCGCGAUUGAUGCUCGUGGAUGUACACGGGUGCUGAUAUAUAAAACACACAGAUUUAAAAAAAAAAAAAUGAAACGAUAUUUCGAUUGAAAAUCGCAUCGCGUCAGCUUUUUUGUUUUUUUUUGUUUUUUGUUUUUUGUUUUUUUUUAUAGGAAAGAGACGACGACGAGCCGUGAUUUUUCUACGAAGAGUCCGCGUGUCGAAUCUCUUCUGUUCACGAUUCACUACGCCAAGUGUUCAUUAAAGCUAAAUAGUAUGAUGUAGCGCCAUCCGUUACGGCCGUAGUGAACGGUAUAUCAUCGCAAACUACUGUUUUCCGCUCUGUGAGACACUCGUUCCGUCGUUUUGCCGUUAACACGAUUCCUCCCUGGCUCGAGAAAGAGCGAUUAUUUAUUACGCGCGGCAAAGAUGAUUGCGAGGGACGUCCUGUUCGCGUAUACUUGGUGGAACAAAUGUAGCGGUCUAGAAUGUUGCCCGGUGGGGAUCGUUUGGAUUUUGGGACUCUCCGGGAACCUUAGAAAUCUCGAAGUAAACGCUAAGGAGAUCAAGUGAUAGAACCGUGUGACUAACAGAACUGUUGUCACGCUGGGGCGAACCUAUUCAGCGAUUGGUUAACACUUUACCUAUUUGCAGCCCUUUGGCUUUUUAAUUCCAGCGUCUACCUACCCCAGACAUGACCCAGAGCCUUGUGAACCAUGAAUAUGGUCGUUAAUAAUACUCAUAAUACUCAAGUUGGGGAGGCAGUCAGGACCCUUGAUAUACUGUAUGCACAAGGUCAGCAUAGAUUAAUAUGUGAGGGUUGAAGAAUCAUAGCAGUGCACGUCAACGAAAAUGAAAAUUGCAGCAUCAUAUCACUUCUCAAAUUUUUAUUUUACUUAUACUUGCACCGCUAUGAUUCUCAGCCUGUAAUAUACUACUACGCCUGCCUUCUAGGUUUUGUUCAAAUGUUAAGGAAUUUCAUGAACAGGUAAAGCGUUAACAGACUACUCGAAAUUGACUCGAGCAGAUCGCUGUACGAUAAAACCUCGCUAAUCUGGAUCAAUCGAGGUCUCGGAGCAGAAGGUAGCUUCAAAAUUGCAGAAGAACUUGAAACUUAACGAUACGUGCUUUGCUGAUCGACAGCGUUUACAAGUUUAUAACUUACAUAAGAACUCGAAUGAAGGUGAGCUACGGGUAGCGGCGAAGUAGUGCCUCGGUCAUCGUUAACCGGGGGUCGAGCACCUCGAAGACUACGAAUAGAAUAAGAGAAACACGAACAGUCUAAUAGAUACUACUCAUCAUUCUACCAAUCGAAUAAUCAAAAAUUCGUCUUUGCCAAUCCUCCUCCACGUUUUCAAACAAACUUUUAGAUUCUUAUAAUAUUCUUCGAUGCUGUACGAAUAAUCUGACGCGCACGUUUUUCGACCACUCUUUUCGGUCAUCUUCCGCCGUACGAGAAUAUCAAGAAAACCCGAUAAGGAAAAAUAUAAAUAGUUCUCGAGUAACGUAUAAAUAAAUUUUAUCGAUAUCCAAAAGUCGCGUGUAUUGCGAAGAUCGUGCUAGAUCAACCGAAGAUUAGCGAGGUUUUGCGGUAUCUGUUCCACCAGCUAUAUCGUUCGCGAGCUCUAGUCGUUCAGGAUACGGUUUCGAGACAGCGAGACGCGUCGGAGCACCGCUACGAAGACAACAUUGUGAGAAUUUCACGUCAAGUGUUUCAUCUAGUUUUUAACGCAUCGAUUCGAACAUCUAUCGCCGCUCAUGGUGGGUCGAGAAUGACCCACGGUCCUUUCCCAUGUACGUGAAGCGUGUAUAGCACUCGCCGUACCGUUCGUUUAUCGGAAAAGGACAGCAGGGUCAGCCAGCCAGCUACCUAGGACCCUCUUGCUAGACAGCGACCGUUUAACCCGGAUAUUACCCCGCUAUUCUUCCUACAUUCGCUUCGAUUAACAAUCAACUAUACAUAUAUAGUGUAAUUUUUUGUAAAUAAAAAUACAAUUUGCUCCACACGCGACGAAAUUUACUAAAACACUCUACGACGGCGACGUUCAGUCCCUGCUAGCUAUAUUUAGACUUUCUACUGUUCUUUUAAAAGGACGACGGUAAUAUCUGGGUUAAUAUUCGGACACCACGAACGCUUUGCACCCUAUUGUAUAUGUAUACGUAAGCUUAAUACUGUUUUAGAGAAUUAAUUCUUCCUCGACGAGCCACGUUUGCUCUGCAUGAUAGAAACAUGAGAUGUAGCGGAAUCUGGAAUCUGAAUUCAAGCAGGAGGUUGCGAUAAAAUUUGUUUAUUUCAUUCGCAUAUUUUCCAGUGUGGUUAAUAACAACGGCGAUGAUAUCUAAUCUCGGGUAGAUGCUAUAUUACUAAUUUCCUGAGAUAUAUAUGAGUCCGUGGUCUUAUCAUGCAGAGCAAGUGCUUUUGCAAAGAACCAUUUGCCGAAGAGUCAAGCAUCGAUAUCUGGACGAAAAAGACAUCCUAAGGGGCUAAGCAAUAAUAGUUUUCAAUGAUUAUUAAUUCAAUUAACGAACAAUUCAGCGUAUUGAUGAACGAUUAAUUCCCGAAGCUCGCGUCUAUGUACAAGAUCGACGAGGUACGAGGCAUCACUGUGUCCGAAUAUCGAUACAGGUCGCCGUAGCUCGCUGGCCAGGCCACCGUAGAUAGGUAAACCUACGUAGACGGGUAAAUAGGUAAGUAGGUAGACGCGCGUAGUCGAGGAUAAUUAGCUAGGUAAGUAUUGUACAUAAGUAGAUAGCGAUAGGGAAGCACGAACGGCGGUAAGCGAGGCAUCAAAAGUACGAAAACGAGAGAACAAACAUUGCGGGUUGGGCGCGAGAACCGCUCUAUAUCGUGGGACGAACAAUGAAAGAAACGUGGAUUUUAAUUCGCGAUUCCUGCGCGAGUCGAUUACGGAAACCGCGUGCAAACCACACACAAAAAAAAAAAAGGAAGAACGUUUCUACUCUACGCUUAUUUCGUAUUACGUAAAUUCGGCGGAUUCGUUACUCUGCUAAUCACCUUUAUGCUAAAAAAGAAAACACCAAAAAAAAAAACACAAAAAUAAUAAGAGAUUAAAAAAUAAAUAAACGGCGUCCUUUUUUCAACGCGGCCAGGUUCUUUGAAUCAAAACCGUCCUUACGGCGCGGCGUAGCCACGCGAAGAAUCAUCGAGAUCAAGCUUGUGAAUUACCUGCUCGCGCGCGCCAGCUCAAAUUUCAACAAAUUUUUCGACCAGAUAUCAGCGAUCCAUCGUUGCACGCGCGUGGAAAUGUAGCUGCAUGAUCGAACGCGAUGGAACAGGAGAGCUGGGGAAUUAAGUGGUAGAGUGUAAUGCCAAAUGGGGUUGUUAACUGAGUUUGCGACAGGGGAUUACUUGCAGCGCUUUUCUAGAUUUUUUGGUUUAAUAGUGGCUCCAAUGGUACUUGUGUUCGCCGUGCGCUGAAAGACGCCGAGCAUUCUUUCGAAUAAAUUCCGAAAGCUAUUGUGAACAAUAACAGUCACUUUCGUUUGCUCCAAUUCGAUUAAAUGCAAUUUAUACGAGGAAUACAUCAUUUUCCAAUGGCCGGAGCGUAAAUAAAAUAUAAAAAAACGCGUGGUUUUCUAUUUGCAUACAAAGGAAGUUUCUACGUGUAACAAAAGUUUACGUAAAAAGAACGUUUUUGUUCUGAAACCUUUGAACUGGUUUAUGAAUAUAAAAACUGAAGCAUGAACGUUGUAUCCACGUGAAAAGUAAAGCAAAAUUGUUAACUUGUACAAUACCUUUCAUUUUAUAAUAUAAAAGUGUUGCAAGUGAUUCUAUUCGAGGGUGUGAACGAAUGCUUCGACUGAGAUUAAUGUAUUGAAAUGAAAAAUAGGACCAGGCUUGUGGUUACACCGAGACGCGUUAUUGUCGCGAUUAGGGGAUCGGUAUUCGGCGAUUUUCUUAAAUCCCAAACGUGUGUUCCAACAGUGAUAAGAAAUCUCGUCGGUACGGUACUGAUAGGGAUUCAAUUAAGUGUCGCCAUCCGACCGAUAUUAAAUAUCGAUCGAACCGGUCGACUCGCGUCGAUUACUGUUAUUUCUUAAACACCGUUCCGAUACGUCACGAUCAAUAAUGUUUUCCACGAAUGUUUUUAUCGAAAUAACGAAAAAUGCGAUAACAUUCGCAAACACGCACUACUGUAUUCGCUGCGACACUAACAUAAAAAAAAAAAAAAAAAAAAAUGGCAGCUAAUUGUACAGAUUCCGAGGGGAAACUAAAAAAGGAUCGGAUGAGAAAUCAAACUGUUGAAUUAGUGCGGCAGAGACGGGGCGAAAUUCUUAUCUGGAUUCCAGUUUCGAAUAACGAAUAAGGGAUACAAACAUCGAACAACGAAUAAAAACAACUGUUCACCUGUUACUCGUUAAAUUAAAAUUAGACUUCGAAUUGUGGAUUACUCUGCGAUGAAUGAAGGAUUUAAUAAAUUUCCACGCGUUGGCUUUAUUCGUUAUUCGUUACUCGAAUUAAAUUUUGCCCGUCUCUGCGUAUGAGCCAUGUUUCGCGGAGUGGUUGUUGAGGUUAAUGAACGGAUGAUAUUAAAAAAUUAUGAUCAAAAAUGGGACAGCGCGAAUAUGAGAUACAGCGAGUGGUCUGGAGCGAAGAAUCGCGACGAUACGAAACUUUUUUAAGUGGUUGACGAAUGAUCGACUCCUCGAGGGCAUUUCUCGUCGCUUGGAGGGGUAGUCGAGCCUCGCAAUAUUAAAUAUCGACCCUUCUUUAACCUCGAGUUUGAAAUAUAUAUACAUUAAUAUCAAUCUAGGCUCAUAAAUUCAAUUUAAUUAAUGAAUCGAUUUAAUAAUGUCAAUUAUUUCAAUUCAAUCAGGCCACUAAAUACGCAAAAAAAUUACAACAUUUGAAACAUAGUAAGAAAUGAUUAUUUAAUGAUUUCGAGGUUCGUCUACCUGCUCAAUUCGUCGAUUAGAGUCGACAGGUAUCGCGUAUAUUUUGGCGGCGCGUCGUAGGUAGGUAGAUGGACAAACGCGCACGAAAGACGUCUGCUUUGCAGACAGUCAUCGGUUAUCUUAUCUCGAUAAUGAAACAAGGACUACCUGACCAUUAUCGCAAAUUAUUAUCGUGCACCCAUCACACAAAAACAGGUGAAGAAUGGUGUUGAUUAAAUUGGCCCGAGACAAGAUGUAAUCCUUAUUACGUGUCUAAGAAUCGACUCGAUCUCUAUCUUAUAGUGGCGCGUGGUCUAGGAAGAAUGUUAUAUACCGAUAACGGGUCAAAUCGGCGACGCCAGAAUGUAACCGAAACAAUCGUGACAUUCGGCGAUCCUAAAGCCUCGUUGCAAAUAUAUUCCACGCACAGGACAUAAGAAAAAAGUCGCGAUAGCAUUAUCUGAUUAUCGAAAAGCGCUUAAGUGGAUAAAUAAGAUUGUCGACACAGUUUCUUGAUAUUUUUACUAUUUUUAGACGAUGAAUUGACACAAUCGUGUGUUUAAUUAUUGUUAAUAAAUUGCUAAUAACGAAGACUCGACCAUUACCCACUACAAAUGGUACAAAUGGCUAUAGAAUGUCUACAAGCUUAAAGAUCUCUCUCGCAUGAGCAAUAGCCACUCGUUAUACUACAUUAAAGGCUUGAUUUACAUUGAAGAAAGCAUAAUGGUCAUAGAAUGUCUACAAGCUUAAAGAUCUCUCUCGCAUGAGCAAUAACCACUCGUUAUACUACAUUAAAGGCUUGAUUUACAUUGAAGAAAGCAUAAUUCAUUAAAAUAAUACAGUAUAACGUACUACCGUUUGUACUAAUAUUUGCUAUAUAUCAACAUAUUCUACAUUGUCAGAGCGACAACCAGUGUUUUUAAGAAGUGAUACUAAUUUCUCUGGCCGUCACUGUAUAUGUCACGCGCCCACACAUCUACCUACCUACUUAACAUAUUCGCAUACGCAGAAUUUCACGUGUUGGCGGGACCAUACCAUUCGUUUGACGUACACCGUAAUUUAUUUAAUUAACUCUCGGUUGCUAGUGGCGUGCGUGUUAAUUGUACGCGUCGUCGCGACGUCGCUUCCAAGUAUCAAUGUUGCAAUAACCACCGGACGCCAACACCGUUUUUUCCAAAGCUUUUCGCUAUAUACUUUGUAUCAGUGUUGGACAAACACCGUAGUCCGAUUAACGAUUAACGAUCACGAUCGCCAGUGAUCAAUCCGAUCCAGCGAUCGAACGAUUCAUGAUUAUCCGAAUGGUAUCGAGCGCGCGCACGAUACGCUCCUCGUUAAUCGUUAAUCUCGAAACAAUUACACUUUUUGAUUAUGGUUGAAACGAUAAGUUAAUAAAAAUGUUCCGAUGAAACAACAAAAAAAAAAAAAAGAAAGAGAAAAAAGAAAGAAGAAGAAGAGAGAUAAGCUGGUUAAAAGUUAAAAAUAAAUCUUUCAUUCAACGAUUGCGAAUUACUUAAUUAAUUAUUGUAUUUACAGAUUAUAAAUGUUACUUAUCAUUAACGUUUAUCAUUAGCACGAAUUACUUUUAGUUAAACCGUCACGAGUGUAAUCACAGAAUGAUCGAUGACUGCCCAACUUUGCGCACAUCCAGCCAUCGAAAGGUUUGUAAAGACUCAACGUUAAAAAUUUCGACCUGACACGUUCGAGGUAGACUUCUUUCGGUCGGAUUUUGUCUAACAACUUUGCCCUAAUCUGGACCUAUGAAUCACAUAAAUAUAAUUCGCGACUUUGAUCUUGAAUCCUAAUGCUUUCGGACAAAAAACCGACACGGUUAGCAUGUCUUCGCCGAUUAAUCGAUUGCCCUGCUGAAAAGGUUUUCUCAUGAUCGAAUUAAUUCGUCGAAUGUAAAAAUAAAUUAUUCUUUAUUAAGAAU